AUGAGCGUCGUGGUGGAGCAGCAGGAGGCCGUGAACCGCUGCCUGAACGCCUGCACGUCCGCCGUGCGUUCGCUCGCCAAAGAAGUCGAGCAGCUCAAAGCGCUCGCCGACGACCUCCAGCAGCGCGUGCACGUGACCGAGGAGGAGGCCGAUAAAACCGUGGAACACUUCGCCGACGCCAUCCAGGCCGCCGAACGCCUCGCUUUUCUCGACGAGCAGCAGCUUUACGACCUCGAGCGGCAGUUUCACGCGCAGCAAUCGCGGUUAUCCGAGGCCCAGACCGCCCUCGCCGAGCGGGAAUCGCGGUUAUCCGACGCACAGCGGCACAUUCGGGAGAUAACCGCGGUUCUGCAGGCCGAAAAGGAGGAGGCGGAGCGGGAGCGGGAAACGCCGCAGUGGAAGGUGCUGCCGAUUCCCGCGGGGGAGAUGGAAGGGGAAACGGAGAACGCGGAGCGGGAAAUCCACGGAAUUCUAUCGAACUGGGGGGCGAAGAAACCGCGGGGAAUGGUAGAAACCGUGGAAGACUGGAUCGCGGAGCUGGUGAGCGGGAAGACUGUGUUCCUGGACGGUGGGAACACAAUUGAAUUGACGAUGUUCGAUCAGAAUCAGCGCGAUCAAUUCGUGGAAACGGUGUUACCGCUGAUUUUGGCGCGGAAAAAUUUGGAGUGUUUCGUGCAGGAACACAAACGACGCGAAGUGGAUUUCCGAAUAACCGUGGUUAACAAAGAGGAGACGAUCCCCGCGAUUGUGGUGCCGGAUGAGAGUGCUGCGGGAAUGGGUGAGAAUGGUGUAGAAGGGAUGGAAGCGAAGCAUUUCGAAGGAGAUAAGGAUCAUCAUCAUGAUGAUGAUGAUCAUCAUCUUCAUGAUGGUGAUAAUAACAAUAAGGAUAUGAUGAAGCAAGGAGAGGAAAAGGAAAAGGAAAAGGAAAAGGAGAAGGAAAAGGAGGGAGAAGAACAUCCAGAAGUGGUGUUUGUGCAGGAAAUGGUGGAAGAAGAAAGCGAAGAACUGCGCAUUUCAGAAAUGGACGCGAUUAGUCGAGAUGUGAUUCAAUCGAUUCCAGAAGUGAAGGAGAAACGAAGAAAAGCCAAAAUGAUCAAUUUGGACUUUGAUGUUUGUUCACACCUCAUUAUUACCUUUUGCUUUGGUAAUUGUGUCGUGAUAUGA